AUGGAAGAAGAAGAGAAAUUUACGAGACAAAUAUCACUAUGGGGAACAGUGCAUCAAGAAAUUUUGAUGGAUAGCUCUGUUUGCAUACUAGGAAGCAGCCUUAUUGUGAUGGAGGUUGCAAGAGGUAUUUUGCUGAGUGGGAUAUCGAAUAUCACGAUUGUAGAUAAUGAACGUGUGUGUGUUGAAGAUGUUAAAUAUUACAUUUUUUGCAAAGAAAAUGAAAUAAUAAAUGAAUAUAAGUGUGUGGUAUUGAAAGAGAACUUAAUGAGUAUGAACAAGAAUGCCAAUAUUGUGUGUCUUAUUGAAAAUCCAAUAAAUUAUGUUUAUGAAAUAAUUUCAAAAAAUUAUAUGUAUGACGUGAUUAUAUGCAACCUAUGUAUAAGGAAUAAUUUAUUUGUACAAAAGAUAUGCAUGAAUAAUUGUUUCAAGAUCAUAACAUGUUAUUCUAAUGGAAAUUUAGGAUACGUACAUGCAAGUGUAAGAAGUCAUUUGUAUACAGGUAGUUAUAGCAUGAAGAAAAGAGAGGAAAAUAAUUUCUGGAUUUAUUUUCACAUAUCCCUGUCUCUAUAUGAUGAGUUGAAGGAGUAUAUACACAAAUUAGAUUUCUGUUCCUUUUGUCCAUAUAAAGAGAAAGACAAAAUUUUAUUUCUGUUAAAAUGUUAUCAUGAUUUUUUCCAACAAGGUAAAACUAAAGUUGAUAGUAAUCAAUGUUUAACUUUCAUAAUGGAAAAACUGAAAUUAGAAAAUUUCUCCCUUCCUCAUCCAGACCAAUCAACUACAUGCAGCAUGGAAAACUUAAGAAACAUUACACAGAGAAUAAGGAAUCUUCUUUUAAUGAAUCAAAAAGAAUGCUUUAAUAAAAACCACAUUUUUCUAUUUUUGAUCGUUUUAAAAAGUUUUAUAAAGAAUGAGAAGACAUUUCCUCUGGUGCAUGAUUUGAAAUUGGAAUGUUCAAGUGCAGGUAGCCUAGAUUUGGGAAGUAACAGAAAUGAUGCAUAUUUUGUGAACGAAAUUUUGACAAAUAGAAAGAUGAAAGAUGUAAAAAAGGUUAUGCAUUUGAUUGAUAGGAAGAAAGGAAAAUACAAAUUUAGUAAACCAUUUAAUAUGUCUCACUUUGUUCAUUUUUUUUUUAACUUUUUUUUCAUUGAAAAAGUGGAGUAUGAUAUUCACAAGGGGUGCAAAGGCUUACGAGACAAUUUUUUGCUUUUCUCCUAUCUAUAUGGUUUGGAAUUAAAAAAUGUUCAAAAAAAUAACCUGAACAUGUUCACGCAAGGAAGUUCUUCUCCUAUAUGCAAUCCCAACUGUGUUAAAGAAAACAGCAUGAAAAAUUCAAGUGCCAUACCAAGUGGUGGGGCAAGUAGUGAUGGGUAUAUGAUUAUUCGGAGAAAAAAAUUUGGAAAAUUAUUACUAUGUGGAAGUAAAGCAGGUCUUUUGCAUUUUUAUCAAAGUAUAGAAGAUAUGAAAAUUAGGAAAAAGCUAAAUAAACAUGUUAAAUUGUGUUCAUCAUCAAUUGAAGAGAAUAUUACACGCAAGCUUAGAUAUGACAACAUGAAAUCUUUGCAUCGUUUAUGUUUAUAUAUAGACAUGCACAUGAGCUUUUUGUUGAAGAAAGUACAGAAUUUGGACGACUCUUUUCUCCAUCUCUUUAGAUUCACGUGCGGUUACAAUGAAUGUGUAUGUAUGACCAUUGCAGGAUUAGUGACCCAGGAAAGCCUCAAAAUUUGCUCUCUCUACUUGAAACCACACUUGAAUUAUUUUUUCUUCAAAUUGUAG